AUUUAUCUCCAAAGUUUAUAUAUAUAAACUCUAUGCAUUGUGGUGUUGUUUCUUCAUCAUCAUAAUCACACAUAUAUAUAUAUUUUGAGUAUUGUUGAGUGAGACUGAGAGAAAAUAACAAAAGUAGUAAGUAAUGCCUCUACCACUGCUUUCACUGAACCACGUCUCUUUUGUAUGUAGGAGUCUGCAAGAGUCUGUCAAAUUCUAUGAGAAUGUCCUCGGAUUUGUGCUCAUUAAGAGGCCAUCUUCUUUCAAAUUUCAAGGGGCUUGGUUAUUCAAUUAUGGCAUUGGCAUUCACCUACUAGAAACUGAGUCAGAUAAAGUUCCAGUGAAAAGAGGAGAAAUCAACACGAAAGAAAAUCAUAUUUCAUUUCAAUGCUCAGACAUGAAACUUAUAAUGAAGAACCUUGAUGAAAUGAAUAUUGAGUAUAAAACAGCAGUUGUGGAGGAUGGUGGAAUUAAGGUUGAUCAAUUGUUCUUUCAUGAUCCAGAUGGAUAUAUGAUUGAAAUGUGCAAUUGCCAAAAUCUCCCUGUGCUUCCUAUUUCCACUUGCCCUCUAAAGCAGCCAACUAAUCAAGCACCAGUACCCUUUUAUGGAGAAGGAAAGAACUGCCAUGCAGAAGAAGCUUUGCUGAUGAUGGAGAUUUUAGUGAUAGAUUUGUUAAGGAUUUCAAUAUGAGGAUUGUUGUAACGUCCUUAAUCAUUCAUUUUUCUCUAAAGAGAUAGAGUAUAGUGCAAAGAAAGUCUAAUAAAGUCAAUGUUUUAUGUCUAUGUCUUAUUACAACAAUAAGAGAAAUACAAUAUGGAAAUUAGUUUAUCAAA